CCUUCGACCCCAGAGUCACUGGCAUCAGUCCCUUAACCCUCCGGACUCGGCAGCCGAAAGGGCGGGAGCUGGCCUGGGAUUGGCUGUUGUCGGCCGACCCCCUUCACUAUUGUCCAUUCCUCCUUGCUGGUUGGCGCCUGCGCAUUGGACCGGCUGUGGGGGGCGGGAAGCUCUUAGGGGCAGUAAGAGCCCAUGUCGGCCUUAAGGCGUUCGGGCUACGGCCCCAGUGACGGUCCAUCUUAUGGCCGCUAUUACGGACCCGGGGGUGGAGAUGUGCCCGUGCACCCACCUCCAACCUUAUAUCCUCCUCGCGCUGAACCUCCCCAGCACCCCAUUUCCUGGCGGGUGCGCGGGGGCGGCCCGGUUGAGACCACCUGGACCGGAGAAGGCGGAGGAGGCGAUGGCUACUAUACCUCUGGAGGCACCUGGACCGAGCCUGGUCGAGCUGGAGGAAGCCACCAGGAGCAGCCACCAUAUGCUAGCUACAAUUCUAACUACUGGAAUUCUCCUGCCCGACCUAGGGCUCCUUACCCAACUACAUAUCCUGUAAGACCGGAAAUGCAAGGCCAGAGUUUGAAUUCUUAUACAAAUGGAGCAUAUGGCUCACCAUACCCCACUGGCCCUGGGGCAAAUACUGCCCCAUACUCUGGGGCUUAUUACACACCUGGAUAUUCUCAGACCAGUUACUCCACAGAGGUUCCAAGCACCUACCGUUCACCUGGCAGUAGCCCAACCCCAGUCUCUCGUUGGAUGUAUCCCCAGCAGGACUGCCAGACUGAAGCACUUCCUCUUAGGGCGCAGGUUCCAGGAUAUCCUGCUUCACAGAACCCUGGAAUGAGCCUGCCCCCUUAUCCUUAUGGGGAUGGUAAUCGUAGUGUUCCACAACCGGGACCAUCCGUACGACCACAGGAGGACUCAUGGGCUUCUCCUGGUGCUUAUGGAAUGGGAACCCGUUACCCCUGGCCUUCACCUGCGCCCUCGGCACCACCUGGGAAUCUUUACAUGAGUGACAAUACUUCACCAUGGCCUAGUAGUGGCUCUCCUCAGACACCUCCGUCACCACCACCCCAGCAGCCCAAGGAUUCCUCAUACCCCUAUAGCCAAUCAGAUCAAGGCAUGAACCGGCACACCUUUCCUUGCAAUGUCCAUCAGUACGAGUCGUCAGGAACAAUGAACAGUGAUAAUUCAGAUCUUUUGGAUACCCAAGUCCAGUAUAGUGCUGAGCCUCAGCUGUAUGGUAAUGCCACCAAUGAACAACCCAGCAAUCAAGAGCAAAGUAAUAAUCUUCCUGAAGAGUGUUUGUCUGCAGAUGAAGGUACUCCUCCAAGUAUUAAAAAAAUAAUACAAGUGCUGGAGAAGGUCCAGUAUCUUGAGCAAGAAGUAGAAGAGUUUGUAGGAAAAAAGACAGACAAAGCAUACUGGCUUCUGGAAGAGAUGCUAACCAAGGAACUUUUGGAACUGGAUUCAGUUGAAACUGGGGGCCAGGACUCUGUCCGACAGGCCAGGAAAGAGGCUGUUUGUAAAAUCCAGGCCAUACUGGAAAAAUUGGAAAAAAAAGGAUUAUGAAAAGAUUUAGAACAAAGGGGAAGCCUGUUACUAACUUGACCAAAACUCUUGAUUUUGGUUAAUUACCCUCUUUUUGAAAUAUCUGUUGAUGACAAGAAGCAAUACAUUCCAACUUUUCUUUGAUUUAAAACUUGAAAAACUGGUAAAGGACUUGGAAAAACAUUUCUGUUAUGAGUUGUUUUCAGUUUUCAGACCAAUGAAUGUAAUAGGAGACUAUGGAGUUAUCAAUAUUGUCAAGUAGGCUGACUCCUAAAGAAAUUUAUGGAUAUCUGCAAGCUGCUUCUUAUCAGCAGGAGGGAAAAUACACUUUAUGUAACAGGCUUAUCAGAAAUCUGCCAGAUGAGACUGGAUAUAAUCUGAGACAAAUAAGUUCUGUUUUUUAAAACAUCUGGAUUACUUGUCACAUUUUUGUACAUUGUGACUGCUUUCAACAUACACGUCAUGUGUAAUUACAGCUUGGACUUUUGCCUUGUUGGACCUCUGUUUUGUUUUGUUAUUUGCAGUUCACAAAAUAUAGUAUUAUUCUCUACUUCUUGGUACAUUUUGUAGUAAUAUGUUUAAUAUAAUUAUUCAAGAAACUAUAUUGACAGCCAGAUAGUAUAGUAUUUCUGAAUGAAUUUUUAUCUUUUCACCACUUGAAUAUAUUGCAGUGUGUAGUGAGUUUCUAAGGUAAACUGUCUUCUUUUUUGUAUAGAUCAUUAGAUUAGAGUUUUACCACUUCUACUUUUCAUGUUAGUAGUGGAAGGCGAUUUGGAAGUGGAGUGGGCAUAGGAAUGAAAACAUUUGUAGCCAUUUUUCUUUUUUGCUCUUUUAUUGUAUUUUGGAUAAAGAUCUACUUUAACACCCCCCCCCCCCCAAUUAUCUUUUCACUGAUGCUGCUUCCAUAUGGAGCAUUGCUAUAAGUAACAUGAAAAAUUAAAUGCCACAGUGGGUAGAAAUAAUAACUGUAAAAGUAGUAAAUACUACUAUUUGGAAAUACUAUUCUCCAUCUAAAAUAUUAGCUUCACUGUCAAGAUCCCUAUGAGCAGAUUUCAGCUCAGUUUAUAGUAAAAAAACAAUGAGGGUAAAAGAAUUCAUGCUCAGGAAAUGAAUCAGCCAUAGCUAGAGUGGAAAAUAUGUUUUUUCUUUUAAAAGUAGAUUUGAUGUUUAUCUUUAUUUCCCUAGAAUAAAUUGCAUAGAAAGUAUUGCCUGUUUUAUAAAAAGAUGUUUAUUACCAUUAAUAACAAUCAUUUUAGAGCCAAAUUUAAGGAAGGGAUGUUGAAAGGGUCUUAGCUGGGCUUGCUUGGGUAGCUCUAUGCUAUCAUAUAGAAAAGACUAAGGUAAAUAAUUUACUUUUUACACCUGAAGUGACUUCUAGUAGACAAUAUCUGUUAUUGGAAAAACAGCUGUUUCUUAAUAAAAUAUCCAAGUGAUAAUGUUUUGUUUUGUUUUCUAGACUGCCAGGCCCAUUAGUGACAAUAAAUCUGUCAGCCAUCUCCUCUCUUUAUUAAAAAAAAUUACAAAACUAGUACAAACAUAAUUGAUUAAGAGAAGAAAUGGAGUAAAAAUGAUGGCUGGGAUGCAUGAUUUUAUGAGAUAAUGUGUUGAUAAUUUUAUUCUAGGAUUUUUAUUUUUGGCCUAAUACAGGAAUUUUUAAAAAGGCUUUUCUAUGAAAAUUUGAAAACUGUUCUUGAAACAAAAUUUAUAAGGGGGAGACCCUUAAAGUUAACAUAAGCCAGUGAGACAAGGACUAAUUCAGUAGAGAACACUAUUUAACUGAGUGCCCAAGAUACCAAUUUCCGUAUACACACACACACA